AUGAAAGUUCAUUAUCGAUGUAGUCAAGUAAAACUUCGUGGCAAACAAUUCGGCGUAGCAGUUUACUUGUACUAUCCUAAUGACUCUGAUAAAAUAACAAUAUUUCGCACAACAAAUGAACACAAUCAUAAAAAUUUAGAAACACAUAAAACUCUUCCUAAAGCAAAAAUUGAAGAAUUAACUAAUUUGAAACUUAAAUGA